AUGAAAUACAUUCACUUCGAAAUCAUAAUUAUCAUCAUAUUGCUUUUAAUUUCCUCCACAUGCUGUAUAAUUAAAAAAUUACCAACAACGAAUGAAAUACAAAUCGCCAAUUGUAUUGUAACGACUGCAAAGCAAUCCUUCUUGGACACAACGAAUUUACAUCUAAUUAUCAACAAUCAAGAAAAUCAUCAAAAUAUUAUUCGAAUUCUCUACAAACACUUUAGUCUUUCAAUAGAAAGUGAAAUAAUUCCAAAAAAAUUCACAACAAAAUUUAUGAUCAUCGAGGAUAAUCAACAGACGUUAAGAGAACGCUUUAACGAACCCUCGAUAUCAAAAUACUACGAAUAUCUCAUUAUAACUAAAAUAUCAACAUUAACCGAACUUUUAAGUCUUACGAAUUUUUUCUAUGAAAGAGAAUUUUAUUCCUCGGUAUUUAUAUUUAUAUCACUUGAGAAUACAACAAUUGUUCAAUUUCAAUCAAGGCCGAGAAAUAACAAUGAAAUUUAUCAUUCUAUUGAAUGUGAUGAAAAAUUUUUAAAUGAUAAAAAUGAAAAUUUAAUUCGACGUUUUGAUAGAUUUGUCUGUCCUCCAACGGAAUGUUCAUUGACUUAUUGGAAUCUUGUGUCAGAGGCACCAAACAAUUUGACGUAUAAAGUCUAUGAGAAUGGCACUGUGAUGGCUUAUUCAAUUGGUGCUGAUAUGUUGGAAGAAUUUGCCAAAAUUUAUGAGAUUCAAAUUACAAGAGACUUGAAUCAUAGUAUUGUUGACACAAGUUGGAAUGAAGGUGUAAACGCUAUCUUAAAUGAUACUAUAGAUGUUUUGUUUGGAUUUGCAAUGCCAACGUCGCGAGAUGUUGAAUCGUUGAUGGUUUCCACAUGGAAUAGAUUCUAUUUUCUGGGAUUACUUUACGUUCCGGAAUAUAAUUACCGUUCCACUGGACUUGGCAGUUUUUUUAUUCCCAUGGAAUUCGACGUUUGGAUAUGUUUUGCCUUUGUCAUAAUUUUUUACAGUUUUUUCACAUUAGGCGUGAGAUAUGUCUAUAGAAAGAAAUUAAUCAGAGAGUUUUUAAAAGCUUCAGAUCUUCUACGUAUUUUCCUCAAGCAGGACGUUGGUGAUACAAAAAAUGGUGGCUUACGUUUGAUAAUGGGAUUAAUGUUGCUGUACGGUCUCUUAAUCACGACAGCAUACGAAAGUAUGAUUACAAGUAGUUUUAUCUCAAAAAGCCCACCAAUUUUAUUAAAUACUUUAACAGAAGUUUGUGAAUCUAAUAGACGAUUCGGUGGACCAACAUUUAUUCAUCAAUUCAUAGAUAAUUCUGCAUAUGUUUGUUCGAGAAAUUUCUACGAUAGGUAAAUAAAUAUUUUUUUAUUUUUAGAUUCUGUUCCUGAGAUUUAGGUAUAAUUUUCUAUUUUUGAUUUGAUAGCUAUGAGGAGGUUAAUGUAACGACAAUAAUUGAUUUGAUGCAUUUUGAGAAGGCGAUAAUGAUGCAUAAUGUGGAUAUUAAUAAUUUCGCAAUGUGGGUAUAUCGGGAUAGAUUUAAUCAUCGAACCUCUCAACAACCAUUCGCUUACUAUCCAAGUUUAUUUUUCACGAAACCAAGACAAUCUUAUAACUCUUUAUUGAAACACUUUGUUUUACAUUUUCACAGUGCUGGACUUGAAACGAGACUACAAGAUUAUUAUAAAAUUGGGCACAAGGUGUGUGAAACUUGCGAAGAUGAAACUUCAUCUCCGCUGACUAUUUCACAUUUAAGUUUCUGUUGGUUUUCAUUGUUUAUUGGCUGGGUCAUUAGUUGCACAAUAUUAGCAAUUGAAUUUGUCUUUAGUAAAGUACAUUUUCUAUUGGAAUGCAGUUUUAAAUAGUUUCGUUGAAUUGUUUAGGAAAUAUUUUUACUUAUUUUCAUCUUUACCCACCUUUUAGCAAAUGAUCUUUAUUUUACAAACAAGAAAAAAACAAAAAAAAAAUUUAAAU